AUGUCUGUCGAGGCCAUGGUUCAAGAAACAGCCAACCAGGCGGAAGCCAAGAAGCUUCACCCUUUUUUCGCUCGCGAGCCGGAAGCUGCGUUAAAUACACCUCUAGCAUGCACGUCUUCCACGGGCUCUGCUCAGCCUAGAGAUUCUCGAGACCCCGAAUUCGGUGCCUCGACUGAAUCCAGGAAGAGACAGGGAGGCAACUCCUCAGAGAGACAGCAUGUCCCAGAUCCGAAGAAGCAGCGCCUUGAUGUGCGCGGCACCCAGAACAAUGUGCAGGCAUCCAUCACAAAACACUUUGCGAAACCAUUCCAACCCGAGCACGUCCACACUCCGCUGCCCGAACGGGCAUUCACGUCGCCUCUCGGCGAUAUGCCCAGCAACAUUAACAAACUGAGCCCUGCCAACACACCCACCGAUACCGUUCAAAUCAAAUCUGCCGCAUCGGCCGAUAGCCUCGGUGUCUCGGCACACAAUUCCAAAGUCAUCAGGUUCAAUCCCAAAACGGGGACCUUGGGCUCACCGCCGAAAGCACCGCAGAGCAAACCGCCGUCACGGAUAGUCACUAUCAAAUACAAUCAGCAAGAUGGGAAUAAACGUGCAGAGCUCGGUCAAAGGAUCACCCAGAUUCUUGAGCAGCCACCCAAACCAGCUAAGCGAGGACAAGGGCGGCCGUCAAGAGCGUCCAAGGAUACGGCCAAGGGCAAGCAUCCCUUAUUCUCCAGAAAGACGAACCCAGCUCCGAAUGACACGAAGUCAACCGAGCACAAAACGGCACCGCCUCAGAAGAGACAGACCAUAUCCAUGGUCACACCAAAGUCCCCCAGAAAACAAAGGAAUCCCUUUGCGCAACCAAAGGUGGUCAAUUUCGGUAGCACGAAGCCAGUGGGGACAAGGGUUCCUGGAGCCAUGCACCCGGCAUGGCCAAGUCAUGGUAUGGCUCACGUACGUGGUGACGAGUUUGAGACUAGGCAGUUGGAAGAAGGAUGGUGGACGCGCCAGAAGUCGAAAAAGUCCAAGAGCCAGGUCGUCACCAUCAACCCCAUGGAUGUCGUCUAUGACUGUACCAUGGCACAGCUGCACAUGGAGUCAUACUGGGAAAAUGCGCCCAGGCCCCCCGAACUACGCCUACCCAAAAGGCGUUUCCAAAGUGGCCGCAAGCUCCAGAAGGAGAUACGGCCUCAGCUGCGCACCCUGACGGGCUAUCCGGGCCCUGUGCAAGAUGACCCUGACUUAGACGAACUUGCAGGUCCCACACCAAGGUCGACACACCCUGCCGUCGCACAUUUAUUCAGGAUGCUUGAGACGAACCUUUCUGCCUAUGAUCGAUCGACCUGCGAAACCUGCACCUGGGCUCAGAAAUACGCCCCCACAAACUCAGACCAGGUCCUUCAGGCUGGCAAAGAGGCCAUAUAUCUGCGGCACUGGCUGGAGACGCUGAAGGUUCAAUCUGUGGAAGUUGGCGGCGGGGAGGGUGGCAAGGCCAAGGAUAAAGCGGACAAGGCACCGAGGAAGCGACGCAAGAACAAGCUCGAUGGGUUCGUGGUGGAUAGUGACGAGGAGGAGGAGGAUGACCUGGACGAGGUAGCGGAGGAAGAGACAGACUGGUCUCCGGCGGGCUCGGCAUUUCGUCCCAAGACCGUUAUCAGGACGAACUGCAGAAAGAAUGCCGGCAGACUACCUAACACCGUUGUCAUAAGUGGUCCCCACGGCAGCGGCAAGACGGCAGCCGUGUAUGCGGUAGCCAAAGAGUUGGGAUUUGAAGUGUUUGAGAUCAACUCGGGCAGCAGGAGAAGCGGCAAGGACUUGCUAGAACGAGUCGGCGACAUGACGCGAAACCACCUAGUACAACGGCACCAAGCUGACGGUUCGACGGAUACGGAGCAAGGGACCGACGACGAGACGGCAAACGAUGUCAAGUCCGGGAAGCAGGGUAUGAUGACGGCCUUCUUCAAACCCAAGACCGACACCGGAACAAGGAAGCCGACGGCCAAGAAGGGACUCAGCACCAAGGAGGAUGUCAAGCAGGCGCCCAAGGCACAGAAGCAGUCGCUGAUCCUUCUCGAGGAGGCGGACGUCCUCUACGAGGAGGACAAGCAGUUCUGGACGACACUUGUGGGGAUGAUGGCGCAGUCUAAAAGACCUUUCAUCAUAACGUGCAACGACGAGAACUUCAUCCCUAUCCAGAACCUGAAUCUGUACGGCAUCCUCCGCUUCUCACCAUCACCGUCGGAGCUCGCGGCCGAUGUCUGCCUCCUCAUAGCCGCAAACGAGGGGCACUCGCUACAGCGCGAUGCCGUCGAGGCCCUGUACCUCUCACGAGGCAACGACUUGAGGGCAACCAUUAGCGACCUGAACUUCUGGUGCCAGAUUGGGGUCGGUGACCGACGAGGCGGGUUCGAUUGGUUCUACCUCCGAUGGCCCAAGGGCUCCGACCUAGACGAAAACGGGGACGUUGUUCGCGUUGUCAGCAAGGACACGUACGUUAAGGGCAUGGGCUGGAUAGCCCGCGAUGUUAUCACCUCGUCUGACGAGUACUCUACUGAGUUAGAUGCCUUGAAUCAAUGCUGGCACCACUGGCAGCUGCAAGCGCGUGACUGGCCCAGUCCACUGGACAUGGGGGUGAUCAACGCUGAGAUAUCCAGCAAUGGCUCGAAAGUGGACCGAAUUGCCGAUCUCAACGCCUAUCAGGAAUUCUGCGGGCUGCUGAGUGACAUGGAUAUGUGCUCCAAGGGUAUGUUUGGAAGUAUGCUCCAGGACCUGGUGGAUCCGAGCCUGCCCGACAUGCCCUCCAAAGUCAAGGAGGACUUCGUCUGCGGGCGCCAACUUCUCGAGGCAGACCCUGUGGUGCACCACAACUCGCUGAUGAGCGACAUUACGACUUCGAUAUCUAACUUGACGAUACACCACCUGGGGUACCACACUCAACGGAAGAGGCCAGAACGGCACUCCCCCUCACAGCGUUCAGAGGAAGACAACGGACAGGUGGCGGCGGCCCGCAAGACGACGGACGCGACCUCCAAAGAGCCUCGACAGUACUCGGAAGGCCGCUUUGUGGCGCUGCUCGAAUCGUCAUUCAGGCGGCAGCCAACGGAGCCGAGGAAGCUCAAUAGGCACGACCUCUCCCUGGCCUUCGACCCGAUUGCCGUACCUGAGACGGCGGCGUCGUCGUCAUCACACCUCGACCCGUCUGUUUUUGACCGCACGCUCAGGAUGAUCGUGCUGGAUGUGGCGCCAUGGGUGCGCAGCAUCGUGUCAUACGACCAGAGCCUGAUGCACGACCGCAAAAGGCUCAGCAGCCUGCUCGGCGAAGGCGGACAGAAGAAGCGCAUGCGCAGCACGAGGAGCGCGCUAUCAGCCCUCGAGGGUGGGGAGAGGGGGUCUACGCGACGGGAGAGGUACUUCCAGGGAAGCAUCAAUCCCAUCCUCGUCCUCAACACGGGACUGGAGACGUGGCGGGACAUUGCGAGAGGCGAAGUGGAGAAGGAGGAGAUGAGAAGUCAGCCAGCCACAGAAUUCACAGACGCGGCGAGUGAAUGA